AUGGGAUUCCGGUAUACGACGUGCCUUGAGUCUGAUGACUCUUUGAGAGAUGAUAAAGCUCUCCAAAAAAAAGUAUACUCUGCUUAUCAGCAUGAAAUUCGAUUAAAUAGAUAUCGGUCAACAGACAUAGAUGGAGAUGAUGAUGUCUAUGAGUUGGGAGGUGAUGAUUAUGGUGGAGUUGCCAAUGACGAUUCUUCGUUGAGCGAUGAUACUGGAUCAGAAGGUAAUGAAAAUUCUGGAGAGAGUGCAAUUGGUGGUAAUCCCUACCGAAGGGGAACAUCGAUCGGCAACAGAAACCUUUCUCGUCUUCCUGUACCGUUUUACAAAAGGCAUAAGAAGUAUAAUUGCCAUGGAAAGCCGUUAAUAUAUGUUUGCUCACAUUGUAUGACACAUGUUGCAUUAUCAAGCUAUAUAGUUUCUGAUUGUUAUCAAGGAGGUCUAGGAAAUGCCCUUCUGAUCUACAAGAUUGUUAAUGUCUUUUGUGACAGAAGUAAUGAUCGGCAAAUGACCACAGGAACGUAUUGCAUAUGCAAUGUAUCAUGCAAGCAAUGCGGUCGAUAUUUAGGCUGGAAAUAUCUAAAGGCAAUUUCUGAUGAGCAAAAAUACAAAGAAGGGCUGUAUAUCCUUGAAACGGGUGCAGUCAAACAAUUAUCACCAUCUUAG